AUUCUCCAUGGGGUGAUUACUUCCGUGUAUUUUCACGUGCGUCUGCUUUUGCUGAGAUGGAUUGGAAUUCAAAGUGGGAUUGGUUUGGUUCGAAAGCUAUUGAAAUGACCAAAAACCCACAAUUAAUGGACUGGAAGAUCGUUGACGAUGAUGAUGGUGGAUUGUUCAAUCUCUCAACCAUUUCUUCUACUAAAAGCCCAAUCUCUGCUUCCACCAACUCCUCUGUGAAAGACACACCCAACUUUGAGCUCACAGCAUUCGAAGGCGUUUCUGGAAAUCGCUUUAGAAAGAUGGAAUUUGAAGAAGCUAAGGUCUCUCUAACUGCCGAACCAUUGAUCGGAUUGAAGCUCGGAAAACGAACCUACUUCGAGAACAAAGUUUGUGUGAUGCCUACACCGCCAUCCACUUUGUUGAAAAAGACUAAGUCAGCUGGUCAAAACAUCUCGAACCCAAACUGUGUUGUUCAGGGCUGUAAUGCUGACCUGUCGACCGAGAAAGAGUAUCACAGGAAGCAUAGAGUGUGUGACAGCCAUUCCAAAUGUCCCAAAGUCAUUGUUGGAGGCUUAGAACGCCGGUUUUGCCAGCAGUGCAGCAGGUUCCAUAGUUUAUCCGAAUUUGACGAGAAAAAGCGCAGUUGUCGGAAAAGGCUUUCUGAUCAUAAUGCACGACGUCGGAAGCCCCAGCGCAAAAUCAUCGAGUUUAGUUCAGCAAGCCUCUCUUCGCCAUUUAAUGGCGGGAGGCAGCAAUUGAAUUAUCUGCUAAACAAUGCCCCACUUAUUUGUCCUAGAAAUUCUGCCUACAUCUCAAGGGAUACCACGCAUAACCCCAAGUUCACCUUAACAAAAGGGUAUUAUUCAAAGUCUACCCAAGACGGAUAUUCAAAGUCUACUCGAGAUGGAGGCAUCGACAAUCCAGUGCACAUGUCGGGAAUUAAAAUGCCACAUGCCAUUAAUAUGCACAGUACUGAGCAACUUUUGGCAUCCAUGAACUCUGUACCCAAGGUGUCAAUUUCAGGCUCCAAGGGACACCUGAUCUCUUCCCACUUCAAUGCAGCACCCGAGUAUUGCAAUGCUCUCUCUCUUCUGUCAAAUGAUGAUACCUUGGAUUCAAGUGGACCAGAAAACAUGUCACUACACGAAAACAGUAGCUCUAUCGUGAAUCAGCCUAUGAUGAACGCAAUCCCAACAGGUGUGCCCCUCACAUCUCCAGAUUUCUGUCUGCUGGGCCAUCAAUUGGCUUAUCCUCGUGCUCAUCCAUUCUUCUCAGACACUAACUUCCAGGAAAGCCAGCUUCUCGUAACUCAAUAUGAAGCUGAGUUAUUUUCUAACAUACUCAACUAACCAUUUACAAGGCAUUAUGCUAAAACACUUCCAACACUUGGGCUUGUCUUAAAAUUUUGAAGAAUCGACAUCGACAGAUGGAAUACUGUGGCUGUUCAGUGAUGUUUGGGCAGUAAACUUUGUCGUUUUUUCCUUCCUUUUAUUGGUACUAAAUGAAGCUCACUUUUUAUAAGCUCUGGAGGUCUAUUCUAUAUGUCCCUUGUUGCCUGCACCAAUCUUAUGAUUUUUUGGUGUUACUGAAUAAGAUUUUAUAGGGCUUUGUGGAAGUUUUGAAAGCUUG